AUUAGAUGUAGUCCUCGUUUUACUCCGCGUACUCGCUAGGAUCUCGAUAAAUUCGGGAUUGUUGCUGUUGUGAUGCUGCCUGAAUCCACCGGGGCUUUUCUUAAUGACGCUCGCCGGUCGAGCCGAAGUGACCAUCUCAUUCCCAACUUCUUUCUCGAGGACAGCAGAACGCCAGACAAGACCUGAUAAGCCACGAGCUUUUAUUCAAUCUGUGUUUAUUUCCCUAAGUGUAUUCAUACGGCAGACAUUGAAUAUCGCUUUUGUGGUUUCUUCGGACUAUGCCCUGUUACUCUUCGAGGGCCGACCGACGCCCUUUCUGAUCGAGAGCCGCCUACAUCAAGCUUCAUACUGGGAGAAGAAACAAGAGUGAAGGGACAGGAAAGAAGAGAAGAGAAGAGAAGAGAAGAGAAGAAGAAGGGGCUCAAGAAGAUAGCGGCUGCUGUUCAUCCUACGUCGCCUUCAAUUGAUUUCUCGAUACAAUGCCCGCCGACUAUGUCUCCACUGCGAGGGCGCUGUCCCUGCCCAUGUCUCCAGAGCCUCACUUAGACUGGAACGAAAGACGGGCCUUGACACGACACAAUUCGAUCAAUCUGACCCGUCGGGAGGCUGCGACGAUGCGUGACCAGAUCCUUACACAGGCAGCCAGCGUGUCGCGGCGACUCUCAAAAGCAUGGAAGAAGAUGAAUCUUUGGCAGCGGGUCGGCGUGGUUGCGGCUGUUAUUCUGGCCAUGGGGUUGGGCAUCGGAUUCAUGGUGUUCACCAGCCGGGUAUUCAAAUGGCUGGGUCCUGUCGCGGAGCGGUGGGAGAACUCGUUGGUGGCCUAUCUGGUUCUAUGGCUAUGUGUUUUCUUGGUCUCGUUCCCGCCCUUGGUCGGCUGGUCAACCUUUGGCACUGUGGCAGGAUUCAUUUUUGGUGUAUGGAAAGGGUGGCUUCUGUACGCCAGUGCAACGAUCGUCGGGUCAACGUGCUCCUUUAUCGUGUCGAGGACGGUCCUCUCGCAGUUUGUCAACCGUCUGAUGGAGCGUGACAAGCGUUUCGCAGCCCUGUCGCUGACGCUCAAGUACGAUGGCCUGAAGUUGCUGUGUAUGAUCCGCUUGUGUCCGUUGCCCUACUCGCUCUGCAACGGAGCCGUCUCGACCUUCCCGACGGUGCAGCCGCUGAUGUACGGCCUGGCUACGGCCAUCGUCUCUCCGAAGUUACUCAUUCCGGCUUUCAUUGGCAGCCGGGUACGUAUACUAUCGGAUGAGGACGAGAAGAUGAGCGGAGGCGCCAAGGCCGUCAACGUCAUCAGCAUCGUCGUAACGAUUGCCAUUGGAAUUUUUACCGGUAUAUAUAUUUAUAAAAGAACCCUGGCUCGGGCCAAAGAGCUCGAGGCGCAGGAACGAGCCACCAUCCGGUCUUCGUUGCAAGCAGAUCAUGCUGCCCGUCGCCCCCAUGCCGCAUUCUCGGACGAUCCGGAUACCAACGCCGCGGCAACCACUCUCGCUCGUGACGAGGAAGAGCGCAUCGGGUUUGGCCUGGAUGAUGACGACGAGGGUUACGAUGACAACGUGGAACUUGUGCUCGAGGAGGACAACGAGGAGAGCCCGAUAGAUCAGCCCUACCACGACGACGACGACGCCGACGAUGACGUCUUUCGUGACGGUGAUGGCAGUGAUUCGGAAACGUACGGACUGCAUACUCGCAGCUAAAGGCCACUCGAAUAGUUGUAAUGUCUGAACGCAGAGCAUGACAAUAGAAUGAUAGAUCACCCAUGGGAAACUGUAGUUUAGCUUGUACCUGUAUAUGGCUGCAAUUAGUCCGCCCUCCAUCUCUGUUCUUCAAUAUCAUAGUCCAAGUC